UCCAAUUCAAAUUUUAACAUUCAGUUAUCGACUUGUCUCAAUUCUCAAACAUAUUAAAUUUAUACAUAUAAAAUAAAACCAUCUUCACGUAAGAAAUACCUGAAACGAUUUCUUUAUUUGGAUGGCAUUUUGAAAUCGUAUUGGAAUUGCUUCUAGACCUUGAGAAAUAUCACUUUCUGCGCAGUUGGCAGAGGGGAUUGUAUUAUAAAAUUUGAAGUUCGAAGUUUCUUUGAAUUCGGCCGCCAUAUUUGUUUCAUUUUGUCAACCGCUGGAAUAUAGUACCGACAUACUCUACCACUCAGUAGCCUAGCAACAAUUGCGCAAAGUAAAGAUGGACGGAAAGAAAGAAAAGGAAGAGAGGAAAAUGGAAGAUAUAGCUGAACAGUAUUUGAAAAAGCACAAAAUUUUAGCAUUGUUUGAAAAUAUAACUGCACGAUUGGUGUUCGAACGGCCCGAAAACCCAAGGACGUUGAUGAGAGAUCACAUAAGAAACCUGAUGGAAUCCAGAGAAUUUGAUCUAGAUUUCCCAUGCCUUUUUGAUUCGAGUAAUAUAAAAUGUUUGUUUGGAAUACUAGACGCGUCUUGUGGUGGUCAUAUUAUACCUGAACAAUUCAGAUCAGCGUUAGAGGUUGUCGGCGCCAGCAUCAUCCAGGAAGAUGACGUUCCAGAUCUAUUAGACAACGAUGGCAUUCCUUUCGACGUUUUCCUCACCAAAAUGAGAGAAGGGAUAUCGAAUUCAUCGGCUACGUUUGCACCUGAUUUUUGAGGUCAGUAUAGAAACCAGAUGCUAGCUACAUGAAGGCGAAUAUUUUGUUUGUUUUAAUUUUUCUUCCAAACGAACGGAAAUAGAAGUAUUUUAACCGUCACUCAGUGUAAUAAAAUACAAUUAACGGGUAACUCUCAGUUUUGAGUUGGUUGAAAUAUAGGUCACUCUAGCUGCAAAGCUUCCAAUUAGUAGACAAAAUGUGCGGCUUUGGUCAAGCAUUUUUUAGGUUAUGGCGAUGUUUUUUAACCCAAAGUAGUAGACUCGGUCAAGCCUCGUGAGUUUUUCGCAAACAGCUGCUGCAUA